AUGAUUUUUUUUAUAGAUAAACUAGGUGCAUUAAGUGGAACUGGAAAAAUUAAAAAUAUCGAUACAUUUGAUUCCGCAUUCUUCAGGGUUCAUCCAAAACUUGCUAAAGUUAUGGACACAAUGACAAAAAUAAGCUUAGAAAGAUCAAUCGAAGCAAUUAUUGAUGCCGGUUUGAGUCCAGCAGACUUGUAUGGAACAAAUACAGGAGUAUUUAUGGGAUCGGCAAUAAGUGAAACGGAAAUGAAAGCCAUGGAUACCGAUUCAUCUCUAGGAUUUGUAAUGUUAGGAACUAGUAGAGCAAUGCAAGCAAACCGACUUUCUUUUAUUCUUAAUUUGACAGGACCUAGUUUUUCCAUGGACGGAGGAUGGAUUUGUGGCGCCAACGGUUUGAAAAAAGCCAAAGAAAUGAUUGAAAAUGGUUUAUUACCAUCUGCGAUUGUCGGUGUUACUAAUUUGACCCUUCGACCAGAUUUACAAUUCCUAUAUCAAGGAUUGAAUAGAUUAAACAAAAGUAAUCAAACUAAACCAUUCAGUUCUGACGCUGAUGGGUAUAACAGAUCAGAAGCUUGUAUUGUUUUGUAUCUUCAAAAAGCUUCUGAAGCCAAACGUUCAUACGGAACAUUGUUGAAUGUAAAAUCAAUGCAGUUUGGUAAUCAUGAUGGGACCCUAACCGAGCAUGAUGGAAAUCACUUUAAAUCAUUGCUAUUAGAUUCUUAUAAAGAAGCUGACAUAGAUCCGGCUACAGUAGAUUUCAUAGAAGCUUACGGAUCGGGAAUUAAGAGUGAAGAUGCUAUGGAAUUAAAUAUCAUGGAAGAAGUGUUUUGUACUGAAAAUAGAAAGACACCUUUAAAGGUGGGUUCAGUGAAAAGUAACGUAGGUCACUGUGAAGUGUCUAGUCUCUUUAUGUCAAUUGCAAAAGCAAUUAUUACGCUAGAAAGUGGAUAUAUACCACCUAACAUAAAUUAUACAGUACCAAACAAUAAUGUAGCAGCGUUAAAAAAUGGAAAAAUUCAAGUAAUAACUGAAAAAACUCCUUUUGUUGGAGAUAUAAUCGGAAUCAGUUCAUUUGGGUUACUAAAUGCAUUUAGUCAUGUUAUCCUUAAAAAAAAUCAGAUCGUUAAAAACAAAAUUGUGGAAAAACACAAUUCUACCAAUAUUCCACGGUUAAUAUUAGUAUCAGGGCGGAAUGAAGAAAACGUUAGAGAAACAUUAAAUCAGAUUAAAAGUCACGGAAACAAUGCAGAGUUUGUGUCAUUGACUAAUGACGUAUUCACUAGGAAUAUCUACGGCCAUCUAUUCAGAAGUUUUAACAUUUUCCCUCAGAUGGAUGAAUCACGAAUAGAUGAUGUCAGGUAUGGUUUAUAUUCUCUGGUAUGGGAUCACAAUGGCAAGGAAUGGGUACAAGAUCUUAUGAAAGUUCCAGUUUUUGCUGACGCUAUAAACAAAUGUGAUGUGAUCAAAGUACCAAAGAAAAGGUCGUCUAAAUGGCUUAGUAGUUCGUUGCCGGAAACUGAAUGGGAAUCUGACCUCGCAAAAUAUUCUUCUCCAGAAUAUCAUACAAACAAUCUAUUGAGUAGUGUGUUAUUGGAGGACGUUCUAAAUCACAUACCAAAAGACGCGAUUACAAUUGAAAUUGCUCCUCAUGGUCUUCUCCAAGCAAUUAUAGAAAAAGCAUUACCCGAAACAGUAACCAAUAUUCCCCUGACAAAGAGAAUUUAUGGAGAUUCGGUUCGAUUUUUACUUACCUCUAUUGGAAAAAUGUAUACUAGUGGAUUAAAUCCCAAAAUAAAAGAGCUGUAUCCAACAAUACAAUAUCCUGUAAGUCGUGGAACACCUUCAAUUUCCGGUUUACCGUUUUGGGACCAUAGUGAAAAAUGGUCUGACGAACCCCAUAAUCUUAACAUCAAACUUAUUGCUAUUGUAUUUGUACAUUUCAAAGAAUAA